AUGCCCUACCGGCUGGAUACACACGUUCUCACUGUGGAUGCAAACGUCAUCCACAAGGUCGAUACAGGCAAUCCCGCUAACCUAUAUAGCAUGUGGACUGUCUUCUCUCGGUGCGCAGAUUCCGUUGAACAAGGCCGAAGACUAGAAAACCUCAGCUGGAGACUUUGGCAACGCGAGACCUUUGUCGUCGACAACGACCUCAAGGACGCUUCCAACGCCUCAUCUCCCAAAACACUCCCCCAGAACAUUCCUUCCGAGAUUCGGAUACCCGAUCUUCCCCAACUUUCUGGCAGCGUUGAGUCUCUGGCCGACGAGGAGGCCGUUGACUUCACUUCAGUCUCAGCUCCCCUUGAGAUCUGCCGUCCCAGGAUACGCCGCCAGGAUUCGUGCACCAGCAGCCGAAGCAAGCGAGAACGACAUAUCAGCUCUGACGACUUCGAGAAGAUGAUCGUCUCCAUCGUCAAGGACAAGGGUCCUUUGUCGGCACCGCCACACAUCGCCCCUGUGGCCGCUCCUCUCAAGGAGUCCCUCUCUGCGCCACCCGCCUUCGAGCGCUCCGGCUCCACUACCACCGAGUCCCAGUCGCCUUCCAAGUCGAUCAGCGACCGCUCAGAGGCAUCACCCGAACCCUCUCCCAUGACACCUUCGCGCACCACCGUUGUCCGUGGUUUCUCGCCAUCCCAGAUUCCCGUUCCUCGAACUAUUCCCAGUGCCGUCCAGUGCGCCACGUCCGACAUGAUCCCUGAGCCUACCUCCUCCCCUGCUCCCAAGCCCGUGCAGUCCAAGAAGCAACCCACAAAGUUCUCUCUUGGUGGUGCUUCCUUCUCUUCAACUGAGCAGGAUCAGAGCCUCGACAACCACAAGCCAAUCAUCCCCAUUGUUAAGAAGUCAAUGUUCCAGAUUGGCGGCUCUUCCGAAGAGGACGGUUCGCUCAAGAGCGCCCUCGCCUCUCGACCUAGCUCUCUUCUCUCUCACCAGAAGAAGCAGGCUUCCUUCAGCACCAACGUCAUGACCCGCACCAUUGAGGACGAGGCCGCCGUGGACUCUGACACCGACUACAUCGACGAGAGCGCCAUUGAUGACGACGACGACGACUCAUCGGAUUGGGAAGACUCCAUCGAGGACAGCGGCAAAUCUAGCAUUGAUGACAAGUUCUUCCAGCGAGUCGACUCCAAGCCCAACCUGACUUCUAGACGCUCUCUCAUUACUCUCAUGUUGGCGAAGAACGACCGCGCGCGCAACCUGGGCAACCACGCGUCCCAAUCCACAUCGGCUAUUCCUCGAUCGCGCAUGGCCCCCAACGGUCCCUCCCUGGGCGCUUCCCCCAACGACUCGGACGAGGCUCCAUUGAUGAUGAAGGGCAUGCGUCAUCCUACCCUCAAGCCUAUUCACGAGAUCCCUCGAUCCACCGCCCAGCCCAUUGUUUCCCAUGCCAGCCACAUCCAAGGCCAAGCCGCUCUGUCGCCUCGCACGACCCGUCGCAACAUGCUGGCAACUGAGUUGACCGAGUCGCUCCGUCGCCACCUCCUCUGGGAGCGACAGCAAAAGUCGUCAACGGCCAAUGCAGUCCUUAAGCGACGCCAUACCUCGCACGAUGUGGCCAACCUCAGACAAUACCCUGAGAAGUCCUGCAUGAAGACUAGCGAGGAUGUCAACGCCACUAGCUGGAACCAAUACUUCUCCAAGGAGGCCAGCAACGGAUACCACUCAAAGGGCUGGUGA